AUGGUCGUGUCGGCGGCGGCACAGCCUCCGAGCACAUAUCUGCUCUGGAAGCGGUUCAGCUUCCCCAGCGACAAGGGCUCGUACGAUGCCGUCGCGGUACCCGACUGGGUGGCCAACCAGCUCAACGCCACCUAUUCGACCAUCCUCGGGCUGAUGAUGGUGCACUUCUGGUCCAUCGUCGUCGGCCUCAUCGUCUUCUUCUUCCUGCGCAAGCACAAAAUGAAGCCUUACGACCUGCACCCGCUGGCGCCGACGCUGUGGAACAAGCGGGCCGAUCUAAUCGACUCCAUGGUCGAGACCUUCACCUUUGCCAAGGCCCAGUGGAGGCACUUCUGGGUCGGCGUGCUGCUGCUGCUGAUCCUGGCGGCGUGGGUGGGCCAGACGGCCAUGGGCAUCCUCGUGCCGCCGCUCAUCAUUCUCGGCAGUGCCGCGCCCGUGAACCCGAGCAGCAUCUACCUCCCCAACAUCGUAGGCCGCGACGACUUCCUAACGGCGGCCACCGUGUUUGCGCUCGAGGUUCCCUCGGCCCUGCGCGCACUCGGCAGCACCGUGGCAGCCAACGAUGACCUCACGAAGAAGGUGCGUGUCAGCCAGCCCAAGUCGGUAGGCAAGUCGGCCGGCGGUGACGACAUGUUCCAGCUCGACUACGGAUACACUGCCACCGGCGCCGAUUUCGGGCUGCAGCACUUCCCCGACCUCACCCUCAAAGUCUCGGGCUCAUGCUUCACCGACUAUUCUUUCCUGACCAGCACGACCAACACCACCACCGACGACGGUGCUGGAAGGAUCAAAAUCUACACGGUGGACGACUACCAGUUUCUGGGGGGCCAGACCGCUUCGGCCUCCCUGUUUGACGGCAGGCAGCCGACGGCCCAGUUCUUCACCGGCGAUGCAGGCCCCGGCGCGGUCGUGGGGAGGCCUAGCAACACGACGUGGGUGGUGGUCGUGUCGUCGGUCGGCCGGCAGAGCUUCAGCACCAGCACCGACCCGUGGUACCUCACCGAGAAGUCCGACCCCGACGAUGUAGCGCAGAACAAGGUCAAGCACGGGCGGCCGCCGCUGUCGUGCUGGCAAGACGACGUGUGGUCGUACCGGGGCGUCAACAGCAACGUCAUCGGGCUGACCAGCGACAUCCUUCCCGGGCUCGCGCUGCCCGAAAACCUGCAGACCAUCAUCGCCGACCGCCUCUACCUGCCCAUGAUCUACACGGUCGGCAGCCACCUGCAGACGUCGUCGCUGCUGUCGGCCACAACGGCCAUCGGCGAGAUCUUCGACGCCGGGUCCGGCACCAUGUUCCGCGACAUGCAGCGGCUCGUGCUGGCCGCGUACAUCGCCACGACCAACAUUCUGACCGACACGACACUGUACCCGGCCGACGCGGCCACACACGUGCCCAACAUGCAGCGCGACGACUCGGGGCAGGUUCUUGAUGGUAUUGGCGACUUUGUCGUGUGGAACGCCGACGUGUCGGCGCUGUCGGUCAAGCUGCUCAUCGUCAUCCCGUCCGUGUUUGUCGGCAUCUGGGCCCUCGCCAUUGUGCUGCUGUACUGGACGCCCGUCGGCGUCGUCAAUGCCCUUGACUCGAACAACAUGCACCAGGAGCUGACCAACCACCACCAAGACGCCGUCGUCCGCUACCACGCCAGCAAGGGCGCCAUCUGGGAGCUAAUGUGA